AUGACGGGGCUGUUGGUCACUAGGCCACUUAUGGAGGAUACAAGAUCACAUUCAGAGAGCUCAGAUACUCUCAUGCGACAUCCAUCCGCAGAAGAUUUGGAUGCAGCGCACCAGCUGGUGUCCUCUGCGCGAGGUGGACGAGAUAGCGGGGUGAACAUCAUGCCAGAUAGGCAAGAUAUGGCCAAACCCUUGGAGAGCGUCCAGGAGGAUACUACAACGAACACAAUGGACUCGUCGCAAAAGGGUUAUCAGGGCGCUACUGAGCAGCCCCAGGACCAACCGUCGCCCGUAUCUUCCAGUACAACAAAUGGACCAUUAUUGCUGAAGUUAUCUCCUAAAGCGCCGAUCAAGGAGUCUGUUUUCACGGGACAUUCAUGCAGCAAUUGCGGUACGAAACAAACACCGCUAUGGCGGAGAUCUCCCACUGGAGCUACAAUUUGUAACGCUUGCGGCUUGUAUCUCAAAGCAAGGAAUGCUGAUCGCCCGACCAACCGUUCCCGUACUCUGGCGCCUCCCUACGGCCCCAAUCCCGCCCAAGACCCUGACAAGUCACGGGGCAGCACACCACCAAUUCCCAGCGAUGGAGGUGAUCCACAACGGCCGGACACGUGGUCAAACUAUGCCGUCAAGGAGUGUAUACCUUCGGGAUCGUGCCCAGGCGGAGGGAGUUGCAAUGGCACUGGUGGUGCAGAAGGCUGCGAUGGAUGUCCUGCCUAUAACAAUCGUGUCUACAAGUCUGCUGCUCGAAAUGCCCUGGCGCUUCAUACUCGAAGAACUUCCCCGCAGGCGUUAAGCCAAGCGGGCACCGGUGGUGCUGAUGGUGAGGCUGGCGCGUCGAAUGUGGACGGGAUGACUCUACACAUUGCUUGUCAGAACUGCCAGACGACAGUAACCCCUCUCUGGAGACGUGAUGAGCAUGGCCAUCCUAUUUGCAACGCUUGUGGACUCUACCAUAAACUCCACGGCUCCUAUCGUCCGCCCACGAUGAAGAAGUCGAUUAUCAAGAGAAGGAAACGUGUAGUGCCUGCAAUGCGAGAGCAAUCUCCCGCUGGCGCCACUCAAUCUUCAAACGGCUCCGCUUCCCCCGAAACAUCUCCCGCCAACCUAGCACAUAACUACGACAACCAGCGCAAAUUCCACAACGUCGAACAACCCAACGGCCACCAAUCCCGGUAUGGCCCACCCUUGUAUCCUCAAGCAUACCGCGCCCCGCCCCCGGCCGAUUUCACAGGCUACACCUCAAACCCCAUUUCCCUCCCUCACCACCACCGUCCCCCACAAAGACCAUAUGAUACCGAAACCACCACCACCACCAACGCAAAGAAACGCCCCAUCUCCGAAUCGUCCGUCGAAGAUUCGCAACCCACCGACCACUCCACCCACCUAGCUCCCAUAAACCCCCAAAUUGCCUCGUCAGCCGCUCAUCGGUCGCGCCUAAGUUCCAUCUCCUCCCUCCUCAACCACCCAGGCGAUGCCCGUCGUGAAGCCCGCGUUGACCCUUCGCUGUCGCUAACUCCACCGCUCCCACAGCAACCGCAGCAAGCUCACACUUCUCCGCGCUCACCCACCCGUCUCAGUCCCCCUGCAUCCCCGGUCCUGCCGCCCGUGGUGACCACGCCAGGUGGUAGCGGCUCUGGCGCGAUGGAACAUGCGGACUCGCGGGCGGAGAGGCGGGCACAACUACAACGUGAAGCUGAGGAUAUGCGGGAGGCGUUGAGGGCUAAGGAGAGGGAAUUGGCGUCGUUGGAGUAG